AUCACGCGCGGGGCCCCGCGUCCCCGGAGCCCCAGGCGUACAGCGGGCCAGGAGCCUGCGCUAGGGCUGGAUGGGGCGGUGCCCCGGACCUCCUCCCCCAGGCGGGGGCUGGAGCCCCCAGGGCGGGCCGAGGAUGGACCGCCCGGGAGGGGAGAGGCGGGGAGGGGAGGGAGGCCGCGGCUGACCCGCACUGCAGCAGCUGUUGCCCGCGUGUGACUCGCCUGUCCCGGCUGUGCCGCUGGGGCAAAGUCACAUGGCGCGGUGGGGAGGGGGGGGGCAUCGUGUCCCCCUCUUAGGUCCCUGGUGAUUGAGUCGGGAGAUCCCGGCUUCUGCCCUCCCCUCGCCUCCCCCGCGUUCGCCCAGCCGGGGAGGAGGAAACGCGAGCCGCGCGCAGACACCUCCUCCUCCUCUGCCGCCACCGCCGCCGUCGUCCCCGCGCCACGGUGCCUGUUGCUGCCGCCGCCGCCGGACCCGCCGGGUCCUCAGCCGGGUGGAGAAGAGGCGGGAGCCGAGCCAAGGGGAACCCUUCCCCGCCCCCCCGCGGCGGGAAGAGCGCAGUGAGCCGCGCACGAUGGACGCCCCGCCCGCCCGGGCGGUCUCCAGGCUGCCCCCGAGCACCUGCGCCCCCCGGCCCGGCCCAGGGCUCUGAGCGCGCCGCGGCACAGGAUUCUGCAUCCGAAGCACGUAAAAUAGAUUGCUUGGUCUAAAACAGAAAACGGUAGCAACGUUUUGCUGAGUUUCCAGACCUUUCCCAAGAUGGAACCAAUAACAUUCACAGUGAGGAGGCAUCCAUUUCCUAACGAGGUCUCGGUGGACUUCAGCCUUCAGCUGGUGGGCUCUCUGCCUGUGCAUUCUCUCACCACCAUGCCCAUGCUGCCCUGGGUCGUGGCAGAGGUGCGAAGGCUCAGCGGGCAGUCCUCCAAAAAGGAGCCUGGUAUCAGGCAGGUCCGGCUUUGUGUUUCGCCCUCUGGACUAAAAUGUGAACCUGAGCCAGGGAAAAGUCAACAAUGGGAUCCACUGAUCUGUUCCAGCAUCUUCGAGUGUAAGCCUCAGCAUGUUCACAAACUGAUUCACAACAGUCAUGACCCGAGUUACUUUGCUUGUCUGAUCAAGGACAAUGCAGCCAAUCGGCAGAGUAUCUGCUAUGUGUUCAAAGCCGAUGAUCAAACAAAAGAAGUGAACAAUUCUGUCAUGUCCCCAAGGAGAAGUUAGACCACGACUGGGGCACUGAAGGGCCAGCAGUGGGAAAAGAAUUAGAGGCAUCAGCUGCAGAAAGAGGAAGCUGAGCUGUGGUGGCCACAGUGACGAGAAGUGGGAGUUGUGGGAGCAGCGGGGGACCAGUGGUGCCUCCGGAGGGUGUUUGGGAGUAGCAGUUGUGGCCAUGCUGAUGCUGGUUGUCUUUUCAGCCCACGGGCCACGAGCAGGUGCUCUGCUGGGCUUUACGAAAUUUCAGGACAGCCACAGGAUGCUAUGUGGAAAUGAAAAUGUGUGUCCGCACAAGUCUCGUAACCAGCACUCCCGCAGCUUUCUAUGGAUCAGCCAAAAAUGGAAAACAGCCCAGAAACAGAAAACAACCCAGAUGUCCAUCAACAGGGGGCGAAUAGAAUGCCGUUCACCAAUAACAAGGAUGCACAUAGCAAUGUGCAAAAUCUCAG